AUGGCUGGGACACUGCGGCUGUCAUGGCUGUACUUUUUACUGGUUUUCUUCUUGGUGGGGCUGCAAGGAGAGCUGAAGGAUUCUGGACAUGAUCGAAGCAAGAGGGACAUUAGCAAUGACCAGUGAGUUUGGGUUCUGUGUGUCAAGUAUUUGGAUAUAUGGGGUGAUGUUGGUUGAGUGAUGCUGUAACAACAGGUCUUACAUUUAUGUGCACAAAUUCUGUUGGUGUAAUUUUGGUGAUCUGACCCAAUAGGCCCCGCAUGCUGUCAGACAAUGGUCACUUAGUUUUCACAACUGGUGACAACAAAGAGAUCCGCUUCCAGAGUUCGGCAUCAGGUCGGAUCAAAGUGAAUAAUGAAGACCUCACCCAGCUUCUGAGUCAGGUAAGCUUCACGCUGAUGAAAUUAUGAAAAACUGUGUUUGUGCUGCAGAAAAACAAAGAUCAACGUGACCGGUUAUGACAACACAUGAUGAGGAUAUCAUAAAAUUCAAAGAUCUGCAGACUUGGCAGGGUCCAAUUUCAGUUAUGAGUGAAAGUUUAGACGUUUUUUGAUAUCAACCUGUUAUACACCAUCAGUAUUGUUGUGCUCCUUUUCUCUGGGAAGACGUUUGAGCUCAUUUGCUAAGAGGCCCAAAAGUAUUCAUUUUUACACGUAUGUUGACCCCUUUCAGCAUUUAUUUAAAGUGACAAUCUGCUGCUACUCAUAUGAAACCAUGAAUGAUUAACAUGUUAGACUCAGCAGUUUGAAGAGGACCAAAGAUCGGGAUCAGGGAGGAUGUAUGUCACACAACAGCACUAAAAGAAGAAUUUAGAUUUAUGGACCAGUGGAUUUUCAUCAUAUUUGUGUGAUGGACACAGAUUAUUAAGUGUUAUGAUGAGGAAUUGGAGAGAUGGUGUUUGUUUUUGAGUAUCAGAAUUAGAGGAAGAAACUUUGAGGAAAAAACAAAACCACUUUAGCAUUUUUUUACAAGUGCUGCAGAUGAAUGCACCAUUUUUUCCUGAUGGGAAAAGUUUAAAUGACCAAGUGACAAAGUUCAAGAUGAGAUAAAAACCCAUUCAAAGGAUGAAAACUAUCAACAUCUGAUUUAAAACUUUAGUGUUUCUUUAUUUGGCAUAAAUCAGCAAUUAUCUUAUUUAAAGGUCACUUAGUGGACAAGAAAACAAGAUGCAAAUACUGCUUUCUUACUUGGUAUCAUUCAGCAGUGGUGUAUGGCAUUAUGUCCACUUUUGUGUCCAAAUUUGAAUAUUGUGGUAAAGUAAUUAAUGUUUGUUAAUUCAGAAUCUCAUUAAAUCAUUUAUCAGUGCCAAGAUUGUAAUCUAUGGUAAACAACAUCUCGAAGCUACAAUAUUAUUUAUAUUUUCAUUCACAUUCUGGUCAUUUGAAACUUUGGAAAAAAACAUUUCUAAAAAAUUUCAUUGUUUACAAAUUCACUUACUCUUCGUUCUUAAAGGGUUAUUAAUACUGUGCAUACUUUGUUGAGUUACAUGAAUUUCUUUGGUGGCAAUUUUGAGUUCAUGCAUUUGAGUGUUAACAUGUGAAAUGUCUGAUUUCAGAUCAAAACCAACAAAGAAGAAAUUGACGACAUUAAGACUCAUGGAGGAGGAGUUCCCUCAGACGUCACAAACAAGCUCAACCAGCUUGAUACAAGGGUACGACAUCCAAACCUGUCUUUUUUUUCCUAAAACUUAUUAGAGCUAAACUUUUACUCAAGUCAAGUAGAUGAAUUUUAUCUGUACAGUUUAGGUUUAGUUUUCAGAUAACUUGAUUUGACACACUGUGUGUAUGUGUGUCCAACUGUACAUUAGAAAAUGGACAUGGUCACUAACAAAACUGUAUGUUCCCUUUUUUUUUUUUUUACAGGUGACCUCACUUGAGACUAAAGUUAUUUCACUUGAAUCGGUAAGAUCCAAGGGGACGGUCGUUUACGAUGGCUCAAACAUAAAAAUGUCAUGAAUAAAUGCCUCUCUCCUCUUAUUUUACUCUCCAGACAGUCCAGAAGGUGUCUUGCAGCAGUAAUCCCUGUCAGAAUGGAGGAACAUGUCUGAAUUUACUGAACUCUUAUCACUGCGUGUGUCCCAACAACUGGGCUGUGAGUCCCUCUUAAUUUAUCACACUGGUGCUUACCAGAAUUGUAUUUGUGGCAAAGCGAGCAGAGAGAUUUAAGAGUCUGACAACACCACUGAACUAGUUGGCAAAAUAUGCAUUGCAGUUUUGCUGUUAUAAUUCAUGAAUUUGGAUGAAUUUGUGGAUGUAUACAGUAAAUAAGCAUAAAGCACAUUUGUUUCCCUGUAUCUUUAAAAUAUAAACAAGAAACAAUAUAUGAGAAUCCAUUUUUCUGUCAAGUAGUCAAAAAUAAUUACUGAUUGGGUGGUUGAGUUCUGACCUAAUAUGCAUUUCUCUCAUUUCUCUCCCUGGAUGUUUGUAUACACGUGUGUUUAAAUGUCUGUUUGUGGGGUUUAGGGUCCUAACUGUGCGACAGAUGCCAACGAGUGUCAGCUGUAUUCAGGAACAAUUCAGGGUUGCCAGAACGGAGCGACCUGUGUCAACACCCCUGGUUCAUUCACGUACGUGUAAAACUACCAGCCAUACUCUGGUGUUGUGAAUUGAAGGUUUUGAUUCAAUAUUAAGAAAGAUGUGAUAAAUAUUGAUCAUUCCCCUGAUAAAUAAUAUGUGAGAGCUUACAGUUUUUUCAAAAAUAGAUUUGAUAAUAAGUUUCUGUCUCUGCAGUUGUACUUGUACUCCAGAGUGGUCUGGGACUCUCUGUAGUGUGCGCUACGAUGACUGCAGAAACGCAGGACAGGAUCUUUGUGUACACGGCACAUGCAUCGACGCAGAUCGGAUUACACCUGGCCAGGUAAUCAGUCUGCGAACUGUAACACAGAUUUAACCUUGACCUUUAAAAUUAAAGAAAUGUAACCUUUAUACUGAAGGUUGUUUUUACUCUCUGAAUGAGAAACCCAAGACUUGAAUUUAUCAAUGCUUCAAACAUUUCACCCAUUUUUAGUAGCUAUUGAUCUGUUACAGCUGUCUGUCAUGCCUAUAAUCUAAAGCAUAUAAUCUAAAGAUUUGUUGUUUGUUCAUCCACAAUUUACUUAGAGGUGACUUGUAUCUUCUUAUGUCUUCUCCAACAUGCAGCCUAAAUACCAGUGUAUUUGUGAGAAAGGCUGGGAGGCUCCAGCUGGAAACCCUGCCUGUGUGGCUGAUGUGAACGAGUGUAACCUCCCAAACAAACCAUGUUCAACCAACCCUAUUGUUCCCUGCUACAACACUCAAGGCUCCUUCUACUGUGGAUCCUGUCCUGCUGGUAAAACUCUGUUUUAUAUUGACGUCUCUUUGGCUCUGGAGUUUGCAAUGAUGCAUGCACUAAUAGUUAGAAGCUACAAACCUAAAUAUGUGCAUUUAUGAUUCUUUUUUAUCUCAGGUUGGCAAGGCAAUGGCUACAGUUGUCAGGAUGUAGAUGAAUGUUCAACCAACAAUGGUGGCUGCUCUACGGCUCCCAUGGUGCAAUGCCUGAACACCAUGGGCUCCUUCCACUGUGGUCCAUGCCCUCCAGGUAUGAAGUUUCUUUACUGCAAUCAUCAACUUUCAUCUGUCUUAGCUACAUGUCUGUACUGUAUGCCAUGUGUUUGCGCCAUGUCUCUGACACCAAACAACACUAAAUCCUCCAAAGACAGCCAAGUAUCAUCCACCUGAUUUCAAAGAUAAUUACCAUUUUCGUGCAGGUUAUGAGGGAAAUGGGAGAACAUGCACCCAGACCAAUGUCUGCGCCACAAACAAUGGAGGCUGCCACCCACUGGCGACCUGCUCUUCCAGUCCAGGUAAACACACAUGCAUUAUAUGACGUAUAAUGCAUGCAUAUACAUGGUGUAUGGAGAAUAUUAUUUGCAUUUGUAUUCUGAUUCUGCUCCUUCAAAACGUCUUUAUUCACUAGGAGCAAGCCUCCCGAUCUGCACCUGCCCCCCAGGAUACGUAGGCAAUGGCUAUGGACCAACUGGCUGCACCCAGACCAGCAACAUUUGUCUGACCAACAACCCCUGUGUUAAUGGACAAUGUGUGGUGAGUAGAUGGGAAAUGUGUUGAUGAAAAUGCUCUCAGGAAUUCUUCAGAGACUAUGAGAAAUACAAGAAUAGAUGUCUCAACAUUUGUUUCAACAAAUUUGUGUAUGUCUCCUGCUUUCAUAGGCAACCACCACAGCUCCUGGCUACAUCUGCAAUUGCAACCCUGGUUGGCAAGGGGCAAAUUGUGACCAGAAUAUUAAUGAAUGUUCGAGCAACCCCUGUCAGAAUGGAGGCACCUGCACUGAUGGCGUCAAUGGAUUCACAUGUGCUUGCACUGCGCAGUGGACUGGCCCAUUCUGCCAGACCGCACAGCAAGGUGGGAAAUGAGCAAAUGUAAAUAAGGUGAAGCAGGUGAAGAGGUGAAAGGAGGGAAGAGGGAAGGAGAGACUGAAAAUGCCGUUAAGUGUUACUGAAAGUGAUUGUUCAUAUUCCAGAGUGUGGAGGUUAUCUUACUGGACCUGCUGGCUCCUUCAGUUAUCCCAAUACUCCGGGUCAUGAUGAGUAUGAUCACCUGGUCAGCUGUGCUUGGGUGAUCCGCGUAGAUCCAAACAAGGUCAGUUCUCUCUAAGAUGAUGGUGAUGACAAUCAUGUCAAAACGUCACUAUCAAUCGGUCCAUCCUUCAUGCAUUCUCAGGAAACACCAUAUUGGACUUUUUAGGGGGAUGGGGGGUUAAUAGGUCAGGUAGCACUCUAGUACUUUGGUAUUUUUGCUUUCGUUUUAGCCACCUCUAAAAGAUUUGGAAAGUGCUUUUGUUUGCACUGAUCAUGUAUGUAAUUUAACAUUCUAGAGGUUUCUUUUUUUCUAGAUCCUUCGUAUUACCUUCCCCUUCUUCAAUCUGGAGAGCAGCACAAACUGCAACUAUGACUUCCUUCAGAUUCACGACGGAGACAGCGCCUCUGGUCACAUGCUCGGGAAAUACUGUGGUCAUAACAACCCUCAGGAACUCCACAGCUCCCACAAUUCUCUGUAUUUCUGGUUUCGUUCUGACGGCUCUGUCAGUGGUGGCGGCUUCACAGUCACUUGGCAGUCUCAGGACCCAGGUAAGAGUGUUUUUUUAAGUCACUGAGUCAGGCUGUAGGAUCUGUUUUAAAAGGUUUGGGUUUAUUUCUGCUCUUAUUACCGGUAUUGUGAUGUGGUUAAUGAAACCUCAUUUUUAUCAAAGUGUGUGGAGAUGAACUGACUGCUCCCUAUGGUAACAUCAACUCACCUGGUUACCCUGGAAACUAUCCACCCGACCGAGACUGUUUCUGGACAGUGACUGUGGAGCCAGGCUUGCUCAUAACCUUUGCAUUUGGAACUUUAAGCCUGGAGCAUCACACUGACUGUAACUUUGACUUCCUUGAGGUGAGGGAUGCUGCAGGUGUUAUCUGCCAAUUAAGACUACUCUCUGGGUUAGCUAUUCAGAGAAGCAGGUUUUGUGGGUGUCACUGGCACUGUUUGGGCUCUGCAAUGCUAUUUUACUCUGGGCUGUCAGCUCACUAUACAGGAUUACCUAUCAACUUUCAACUUUCUUCUGUCAUGGCCAAAUGGUGUAGAUCCGAGAUGGUCUCCUACCUGAAGAUCCAGUUCUGGGUCGUUACUGCAGCACUGCAUCACCUCCCCCUCUACAGACGACUGGCCCCGCUGCAUGGAUCCACUUCCAUUCUGAUUUCAGUGUGUCUGACCGAGGCUUCCACAUUACCUACACAACAUCACCAAGUAAGAAACAACGCACAAACAUGUCUUUAUUGAUAUAAAGUAAUUUUAGUGAAAGUUGCAAAGCAGCUCCAGUUCAUAUACAGACCAAAAGAUAUUUUUAUCGACUAAAUCUGAUGUUUUGGGUUGCCAUAGAAACCUGAGCAUCAAAACUCCUGUUGUAGGGGCUCUUAUUUCUUCUACUUUCAGAUACUUCGACUCAAGUUUCAUCUCUAAGCUGUGCAACUCCUUACUUGACUAUAAUUUGUGUCCUAGGUGACCCCGGUUGUGGUGGCACCUUCACUGAAAGUGAGGGGAUCAUCAUUUCACCCAACUGGCCCAAUGACUACGCCCACAACCGCCAGUGUAUCUAUCUGAUCAGAUUGCCGGCUGGUGAGGAGGUGUCCCUCAACUUUACUCACAUGAGCCUGGAGAGUCACAGCAGCUGUACUUUUGACUAUGUGGAGGUAGGACUUGACUCUGACUCAAAGAUACACCUGCACCAACACUCUAAAACAUCCUAAAAUAUCACUCCUCAAGCCAACUGAAGCUCCAGUCAUAAAUAUCCUAACAAAGGUAUUGUAACAAAGGUAUUCAACUAAUUCUUGUUCUUGCAGUUCUUGCACAAACUGAGGGCUCUGUAAGAUCUGUUUUAAGACAGCAACUUAAUCUUAAAGAUGGCAAGAACAUCAAAAUAAGAUCUCACAGUCCCACUGUAGUGUGCUUAGACAGGACACCUGACCUCAUCCUGCCCCUACUGUCUGUGCCCAGCAGUGUGUGAAUACUAAUGGGUGCUUUAUAUAGCUGGCUCUCCCCGUUUUUAGAUAUUAAAGACUUUCUUAAGGAGCCACAGGAACCCUUGAGUAUUUUUGUCUUUAUCUUCACUGGAAAUUUUUCAUACUUACUUCUUCACCUUCAAGGUUCGCGAUGGAAGACUGGAGACCGAUCCACUGAUAGGGAGGUACUGUGGGACGACCCUGCCAGCUCCCAUUCGCUCAUCCUCCAACUACCUUUGGAUUCGGUUCAGGUCAGACAGCUCGGUCAGCCGGGCAGGUUUCAGGGCGACUUACACCGUUGGUGAGGGUCCACACAUUUACACAAACAUAUAAACACAUGUGAUAUGUCGUUUUAAGAUUUUGACCUUCCAACUAAUGGUCAACCAACUUUACGACAAGGGGCUUGAUAACUGAGCUGCUGUAAAUUAUUUGCAAACCAACAAAAUCUGUUUUUAUCAACAUUUUACACACUUUUUGGGAUCAUGUCAUGGUAAUCUUGGGCAGUAGAAAGGAGGAGCUCAAGUUCACAAUGAUGAAGGAGUAACAACAGAUUCAGGUUAAUGCUGUUUACUCUUUUAGCCAAUCACUGAUCCUCAUUCUCUCCAGCUUGCGGUGGUAUUUUCUCUGGAACUGGGCAGAUACGUUCUCCCUACCAUCCUAAUGCCUAUCCACACAACAAGGAGUGUGAGUGGGUCAUCAACCAGUCACCGGGGUAUGUGGUCACCCUCAACUUCCUGUCAUUUGACGUUGAAGGAGGCUCCUGUCGCUACGACUAUGUGGAGGUAAACAAAUACAACUCAACAAUGAAAUUGAUCAUAUAAAUUGGUAAUGUGGUGAUAGAGUUAAAAAACUAGUAUGGGACUCAUGUAUUCAGAGAGGCAGAGAGGAUUGCGAAAGAUGCUACAUGUUUCCUACAUUUUCCAGGUACGGGACGGUUCUACAUCAAGUUCUCCGCUGCUGGGAACAUUUUGCGGUGUUGAGAUUCCCCCCAGGCUUCAGUCGACUCAGAGGUCUCUGUACAUCUACUUCAAGACUGAUUCUUCUGUUACCAAUAAUGGCUUUGAGGCAGCUUUUGGCUCUGCUUUGGAGGGUGAGUGUAGGAGGAUUACAUAUGUGUGUGAACGUACUGUUUGGCAGUGAAGUAGAGUCAACUCUCACCAAAAUCUAUUCAGUCAAAAUCUAUAUCCAUAUACAGAUAUUUUACAGCUUUUUUUUAAGUCUACAAACCUCCGAAGUUGACCAUUUUUCUACAUUUUUUUUUUGUAAAAGGUUGUGGUGAUACCCUGACCGACCCUUCAGGCGCCAUCACAAGCCCUGGCCACCCCACCAACUACCCUCAUGGAGCCAACUGCACCUGGUACAUUAGUGUUGACCCUGGCAACCUAAUUCGGUUGACAUUUGACUCCUUCAACCUGGAGUACCACGUGAACUGUAACUUUGAUUACCUGGAGGUGUAUGAUAAUGGUACUGUGCAGACGGGAACAAAGAUUGGAAGGUAUGUGAUGAGUUCAACCUUGUAAACGAACUCUUGCACUCUUGUAAAAGAAUCACAACAUUAUAUGUGCAUCUGCGUGUCCAGCUGUUUGUACUUUUACGAAAUCAUCACAUAAGUGUGCAGAGUUUGUGGCUGAAGGUAUUCAUGUGCUUUGAUUUUGCAGGUACUGUGGGCGUUCAAUACCACCAUCCAUCACCAGUACAGACAACCAGAUGUCCUUGCUGUUUGUGACUGACACAAGUUUAGGGUCUGAAGGAUUCUCCGCCAACUAUGUCUCCAUCGAUGCUUCCACAGGUACACAAUAGAUCGGCUGUUUAAGAAAGCAGACAUUUUUAGAUGGGAACAAAAUGACAAACUUGGUAUUUACUAUGAUAUGAAAUAAAAGACACCCUGUAUGAUACUUUGAGGUAAGUCACCCAAGUGGGAGGGGUGUUUAGUUGAAACCAUCAGAAAAAAGUGGGAUAAUCCGACAUGAUUGUGUAAUUAAACCCUCUAGAGUGAACACUUUGUUCAAUUUUCCCCAGGAACCAGGGACCUGUUAAGGAACUGUUGGGAUUAGGGUAUAAAGUUAGUUCUGGGGUUGAAAAGCUUCUGCUCAGGAGGGAGUAUUUUAUAGCUGCUCAUGGAUUUGGGAGGACCUAUUACAAAUCCUUGGUCCUACAAAUUCUGUCCGUAAGGCCUUCAUCAAACGGACAAAAACACAGCAAAACUUAAAUCCAUAUCUAAGGGUUCUGUUUAAAUGUCUUUCUCAUCAGACUGUGGUGAGACCUUCACCACCCCAACGGGAACCUUCACAUCACCGAACUACCCGAACUAUUAUCCCACAAACAGAGACUGUAUCUUCAAGAUCAUCGUGGAAGUCAACCUGCAGAUCAUGCUGAACUUCACCAGCUUUGACCUGGAGGGCUCCGCUCCUUCUUGCAGCUUUGACUUUGUGGAGAUCAGGUAAGGAAAGUCCCAAAUCUAAGAGCCUCCCACACGGUUAAAACCUUGGACAAUAUGGAUUCAUGAUCUCUUAGAUACAUGCCAUCUUGACAUUGAAAGAAGUUUCUUUGAUGGGCCCCUGCACACAUUGCCUUCCCUAGACAUUUUUUAGUUGUUUGUGUGUGGUGGCACUUCUCCCUUACUUUACUCAGUUUAAGCUCCAACCUUUUGAGUUUCUGCUUUCUUCUACAGGGAUGGAGGCUAUGAGACAUCCCCCUUGAUUGGUAAAUUCUGUUCCAAUCAGAGGCCUCCGGUCUUAGUAUCCCAUAGUAACCGUCUUUGGGUGAGAUUCCGAUCUGAUUCUAGCGUCACACGGUCUGGAUUCACUGCUCACUGGGAUGGGACACAGACCGGUAAGGGUCUUGUACCUUAUUCCCUUUGUCUUUCAGUCUGUCUCUCUCUCUCACACAGACUUAUGUAAACCUUUGUGCCUCAAUUACAGGCUGUGGAGGUACACUGACAACUGCAUCUGGAGGAUUUUCCUCACCUAACUACCCCUUGCCUUACCACCCUAAUGCUGAGUGCUACUGGAACAUCGAGACCAGCCAGGGCAGCCAGGUCAUCCUCUCUUUCUCUGAUUUCCACCUGGAGUCCAGCUCAUCCUGCUCAUAUGACUACUUAGCCGUGAGUACUGGACCUCUGCAUGCAGAUGCAUAACACAGCUUUAAUUAUCUAUCUUUAUUUUAUGCACUGUCAAUAUCUGGAGGAGCUCCUCUUUUACUUUUAAGUCUGACUAAUUUUGAGUCCGUGUCUGUGUGAGUGUUCAGGUGUAUGAUGGAAACAGCACAAAUGCUCCAGAGCUGGCCAAGCUUUGUGGCACUCAGAUACCCGCUGCCAUCAACUCUUCCAGCAAUAAUCUCUACAUCAAACUGCGUACUGACGGCAGCGUCAGUGCUGGAGGCUUUAUUGCAUCUUACGUGACCGGUAAGCUAAGAUAUAAACAUACUGCAAACAGUCUAAACUCACCUGAUUGUAUUCAUUCAGUUUAAUAUGGAUAAAUGUUUCAAAAUAACGACCACAUCGAAUCUCCUGCAGCUGUAUGUCCAAAUACUCCAUAUACUUCUAUCUUCACACAAAGAACACAAAAACAUAUCUUGUUGUUUGUUUUUAAGACUGCAGUGGCGUUCUCAUCUCGGGCCGAUACAGAGGAAUGGUGGAGUCACUCAACUUUCCCAACAACUAUCCUGCCAACUCUCUGUGCAGUUGGACCAUCCAGGCCAGCGGUGGAAACACCGUCAACUACACGUUCACUGCCUUCCAGCUGGAGAGCGGGAGCUGCAACUACGACUAUUUAAAGGUACACAGACAUCAACCAUUCAAAAGUAGCGUAAAGGUCCAGUGUGUAUGUAUGUAAAAUGAUAUGUAUAUAUUUAUAGUUUACUUUUUAACAUUUUUUAAACCUGUUUGACAGUCAAAAUUUAAUGUUUCGAACUGUAUAAAAAAUGACUUUGCAUGGUCCCCAGUUCCCAGCAUUAUAAAUGAUCUGUAUUUCUCCUUUUUGGAGAAUAAUUAGUAAAUGUACCUCAGCAACUUCAAUAAGGUAAAACACAAGAGUUUUUUAUGAUGAACACUGCAAUGCUUUGGUAGAUAUAUGUUUUCCAUUUGUUUUUACAAUAAUGCUGCAGAUAUCCAACUAUUUGUAUCACCCUUUUUCCAUCCUUUUGGGAAAGUCAUUUACUGAUAGGACCUGCAACUGAAUCUGGUUCAAGGCAAUUUUUUAUCGCAUGAAAAUCUGUCAAUUUGAAAUCUGAGAGAAUUUCUGUACUCUGGCAACGUUAAUGUUAGUCCAAAAAGAGUAGUACACACAAGCCUUUGAGAUAUAAUGAAGAUGGUUUCCAUUAUUUUAAAUCCAGACUGAUUUUUAAAUCCAUGGUAUUACACUGUCACAUAAUCCUGGUCAGAUUUAUUGUGCAAAAAAUUCAUUCUUUAAUGCCACCUUCUCUAAAUCUCAUUGUUUUCCAGCUCUAUGAUGGACCAAACACUCAAGCUCCUCUGAUUGGUACAUACUGUGGCUACAAUCCACCUCCAGCCAAUGGCACCACAAGCUCAGCUCUAACCGUGGUGUUCAGAACAGACUCUUCAGUGUCAAUGUCCGGCUUCCAGAUGAUGUGGUACCAACACGGUAAGGAGAAGUCCUUCAUAGUUAUGGGAAGAAGAAAGAAAGCAUACACUACAGAUGAGGGCUCAACAUGUACUAAACUCUGGAGCAUAUGUCGUAUUAAAGAAAAAAAAAACAUGUUUGAUUGUGACAUUUUUAACUCGUUAAACAGGAUGAUAAAAAUACUUUUGCCCCCUCCUGUUUUUUGUGUCUUUAUACAGGUUGUGGUGGGGAUCUCUCUGGUCCCAGUGGCUCCUUCAACAGUCCAGACUAUCCUAACAGGUACCCUGAAAACAGGGAGUGUAUCUGGUACAUCACCACAUCAGCUGGCAGCAGCAUAACUCUCACCAUCCAUGAGUUUGAUGUGGAGUUCCAUCAAGACUGCAAUUAUGAUGUGCUGGAAGUAAGACAUCCAUCAUCUCUCUAUUAUUCUCUGGCUAAAAUACGACUUUUUGUCUCGAUGCAACAGCAUUGGAAUCGUCCCUUUGACUUUCUUUUAGGUCCACGGUGGCCCAGACUUGAUGGCCCCACAGCUGGCUAAGCUCUGCAGCACCACAACAAGUCCAAUGCAAGUCUCCAGCACUGGUAACCUGCUCACUGUGCGCUUUAAGUCUGAUGCCUACGUCAGCGGUAGAGGUUUCAAUGCGAGCUGGGCUGAAGUCCAGGGAGGUAAGUGGACUUCUCUGAGUGUAUGCCCAAUCAUAGCUUGAUAUUUUAUCUUGAAGCUGCACACUUUUCCACCAGCAGCACAAAAUAAUGGUUUUCUGCUUGCAGGGUGUGGAGGCCCCGUCACAGCUCCAUCAGGGGAGAUCCACUCUCCCUCAUAUCCAAACAGCUAUCCCAAUAAUGUGGACUGUUCCUGGGUGAUCAGUGUGGAUCAGAACCACCGUGUCUUCUUUAACUUCUCUGACCUGGACAUUGAACCUCACAGCAGCUGUGUGUGGGACUAUGUGGCUGUAAGUAACUGAUGAAGAACAUUUAUGCACCGAGGCAUAAACUGUGUUGGGGUUUAAAGCUACAAAAAGACCUGAGCUCAUCUGUUUUUCUUCACACAGAUCUACGACGGUCCAACCAUGUCAUCUCCUCUGCUUGCUAGAGUGUGCGGCACCAGUCGUCCUCCCGCCAUCACCUCAACACAGAACACCAUCUAUGUCCGCUUUCGGUCAGACUCCAGUCGCAGCCAUCGUGGCUUCAGCGCUUACUUCUCUGAGGGUGGGUUUCUUUGAGGUCUAAAAAGUCACUGUACCUUCAAUCCAAGGCCGGGGAACAACAAUGAGAGACUAACGUCGUUUUAAUUUUGGUCUCCUAUAGCUUGUGGUUCAACAAUCACAACAGACAAUCUAGGAGGAGCCAUUGCAUCGCCACGGUACCCAGCACAGUACCCUCCGAACCAGAACUGUAGUUGGAUCAUCAGAGCACAGGAACCAUGUGAGUAGUCUGUGUCUUAGACCAGUAAACACUUGUAUGUCUGUAUGAAGUAAAAGUGUGUGUAAUCCUUUAAAUUGUCUUUCUUUGGCCAGUUAACCAUGUGACCCUGUCAUUCACUGACUUUGAGUUGGAGAUGAUCAAUUCAGACUGUACCCAUGAUGCUGUGACUAUCCUGGAUGGAGACAACUACCAGGCACCUUCCAUAGGUAAAAGUCAUACUGCUUACAGAAUAUGUGUUAUGAAUGAAAUGAUGUUAAGCCUUAAUUUUAUGUAAUGUUUCACAUUUUGUCAGGCACCUACUGCGGCUCUGAAGUACCUCACCCAGUGACGUCCUUCAGUAACUCUAUGGUGGUCAACUUCAUAUCUGACGGCUCUGUCUCCAAGAAAGGGUUCAGAGCCACCUACACAGCAUCCACCUCCAGUAAGCCAUACUUUGGCAUACAAAGUCAUCUCCCUUACACAGGAUCUUCAGCAAUCUAACUCUUUGCAUCUCUUCUGCGCAGGUUGUGGAGGAGAUCUGGUGAUGGAGGACGGUGCAUUUAACAGUCCUAACUAUCCCGAUGCUUAUCCACCUAAUGUGGAGUGUGUGUGGACCAUCAAAAGCUCACCAGGGAACCGCCUGCAGCUGUCAUUUAUGUAAGUAUCCUUAAGCGUAAAAGGUUUAGGUUACAGGCCUCUGACAAUACCAGAGCCGAAACUGACGUCUUUCAAUAACUAGUUUUGAAAGUGCAACAUACUAUUCACUAAAAAAGCCAGCAGAUCUAUGACCUGUUUUAGGAUAUUUCAUUAUUUCAUACCAAUAAUAGCAUCCUUGUUUGUCCUUUAGUACCUUUCACCUUCAGGGAAACUCUGGCUGCCAAAAUGACUACCUGGAGAUCAGAGAGGGCAACUCCACUGGGAGUCUUGUCGGUCGCUUCUGUGGGAGCUCACUCCCCUCCAACUACACCUCUGUGAUCGGUCACAUCCUGUGGAUUAAGUUUGUCUCUGAUGCAUCUAUCAGUGGAGCAGGUUUUAGAGCCACCUUUUCGCACUGUGAGUGUUCAUAUGUGUAGAAAAAUUAAAACUCUUGGGUCUGUUGAAGGUAACAUGAGAGAAAAAAACUCUGAAAAACAAUUCUAUAUCAUAUUCUGUUUUCUUUUAGUGUAUGGAAAUGAUUUAAUGGGGGAAACUGGCCAGAUAGCAUCCCCUCUGUAUCCCAGAACAUACCCCAACAAUGCUCAUUACCGCUGGACAAUAACUGUGGAGGGAGACAGCUUCGUUCAGAUUCGAUUUUUGGACAUGGACAUAGAGGACCUCUAUGACUGCUACUACGACUACCUUAAAGUAAGAGCGUGUGCCUCUGUGCAUACAUUAACAUACAUAUAUAUGACUGUUUUCCACCUGGUGCCGUUGUUUUUGCUUUGGGCAGCCUCCUUUCUUCUAGGUGUUUUCAAUAAAUCAAAAGUCUAAAGUCUACCUAAAACUGCCUUAGCUUUCCACUCCACUUUACAUCUCAAAAUAAGAAAGUAUGACCACAACAUACGAGUAAAGGUCAAUCUGAGAGGAUCUGGUGAGAUGAUGGUGUUAGAAAUGAUAGCUCUGGUAGGUGUCAUCUACUCUGUCAUCAACCCCUUUCUCAAUCCAGAUCUUUGAUGGUCCCGAUGUUCAUUACUAUCCCCUCGGGACAUUCUGUGGUCUGAGACUCCCCCCUCCCAUCAGAAGUACAGGAAGCACCGUCACUUUGCAGUUCCAGUCGGAUACAGUGGUGGGAGGAAGAGGCUUCCUUGUGGAAUGGACCACCAUCCAGAACUCGGGACCACCACCUACUAUCCCACCAGGUCAGAGAAAGAGUUUGUACCUCUGAGGCUUUCAACAAAAUCCACCCAACAUAGAGGGCUGUAUUUAAAUAAAUGUAAUUUCAUGUCAUACUUUCUGUUGUGCUUGUGACAGGUGCUUGUGGUGGAAAUCUAAUGACAGGGGAGGCUCCUGGCUUCCUUUUUUCUCCUGGUUGGCCCGAGAACUACCCUCCAAACCAGGAGUGCACCUGGUUGAUCCGCUCUCCAGACUCAAUAGUAGAGUUCAACCUCUUGUCAUUGGAUAUGGAGGACUACCCCGACUGCUACUUUGACAGCCUGGUCAUCAGAGACGGUAAGUCUUAAAGAUCAGUAGAAUAAAUAGUAGACUUUGUAGUGCUGAAUUAUUUGGCCAAGGGGCAGCAUAUAAUUAAAAAAUAAAAUCAGACCUAAAACUGACCCUUGCAGUACACCAUAAGCAAUGUUUUUGGAGCAGUACUGAAUCACCAGUUUGACAUGCCUUACAUGUGAAAGAAAUACCAUUGUUUUAAAAUUAUUUUUGAGAAUUUGAGUGUAAAGAUUUUUUUUGCUUUCAUUACUGGAUACGUUUUGAUUCCCAUUUGUGUUUUUAUUACUCAGGUGCAUCAAGUCUAUCCCCUGUGCUCGCCAGUGUGUGUGGUCGGAAUCCUCCAGGACCUCUUCACUCAACUGGAGACUCACUAUACAUUCACUUCUCCUCAGACGGCAGUGUCAGCGGCCGAGGAUUUAAUGCCUCCUACUCCAAAGGUUAUAGACAAGAGAAGCACAUAUCUACACUUUCAAAUCAAGUCGUCACUGAAGGCCUAAAGCAGCAAACUCCCACUCAUCACAUGUUGAAGUUCAGUUACACAAACAUACAGAAACAAGCAAUCUAUUGUUAAGACAACAAAACUAGGAGCUAGGGUGUUAGUUGUAGAGCUACUACACUUUGCUGCCACACUCUACAAUAAUAACAAUCAUGAGAAUAACCAUGGCACUUGACUUUCAGGUUGUGGUGGCCUUCUGCAUGUAGACAGAGGGACCAUUAGUAGCCCCCACUACCCUCAAAACUACCAGCCUAGUCUGGAUUGUCGCUGGCAUGUGAUGGUGACACCUGGCUUCAGAGUUUCUGCCUCCUUCCAGAGCCCCUUCCAGGUUCAAGGCUAUGGGACUGGGUGCAGCUCAGGAGAUUAUGUGGAGGUAAACAAGAUUUGUUUAUUUGUCAUGUGCAAGUUAAACAAGGUCAACAGUGCAAUGACAUGCCCUGGAUGAGAGGACCGCUUGACUCAAAGGAGUACAGAUAAAAACACACAAUAAGUACUUAGAAGAAUACAAUGAAAUAAGGAUGUGAAAAAAAUAUUAAAGGCUAAUAAAGUAUGUAAGUAAUAUUUACAAAGUGCAAUAUUUACAAAGGUGCUGAGUGUGAAUGUAUGAAAUAGAGGAUAAGUCGGUGGUAUGAAAAAAUGCGAUAUAGCACAUAACAAAUAAUGAUGAACGAAUUGCUAUUACAAUAGUAAAUCACAACUGAAUCCAGACCACCUAAACAUAGACCAUUAGUACAAUUCUCACCAAGUAUGAAAGUAGAAGAGCGUGAAGUUUUAUUUCAGGUAGGCAGUAAAUUCCUCAAAGUUUGCUCUCUAAAUCAGAGUCUCUCCUUUCAAUGAAGGAUUCCAGAAAUCUGUUCGAGACAUUAAACUUUCACUGCUGUCUCCACAGCUCAGAAAUGGUCCAGAUGAAUCAUCUCCAGUACUGGGAGGGCGACUGUGUGGUGCAAGUCCACCUUUUACCCAACAGACCUCUGACAAUCACAUGUAUAUACGCUUCGUAUCAGACGCCUCAAAUGAAGCCAGUGGUUUUAAACUGACCUUUGAAGCUCACAGUCAAGGUACAACACAGUCAAUAAUGUGAUCAUUCAACCCCCGCCUUCUUACAUAUAUAUGAGGAGGAUAUAGAUUUCACUGUGUAAUAAUAUUAAUAUAUUCCCCUCUUGUUUUACAGCUUGUGGGGGCUUCAUUGAGCUCAAUGAUAAUGAUCCUCCUGGGUACAUUACAUCACCCAACUAUCCACAGAACUACCCCCAGAACAUCGACUGUAUAUGGGUGAUAACUGUCCCCAAUGGAGAAGCUGUCCAGAUUGACUUUGAGGAUGAAUUCUACAUCGAGCCGACAAGCAGGUUAGCUCGGUCUCUUUCUGCGGGCUUUGUAUUUAUAGUAUUAAAGGCUCUUCUAUGUCUGCUUUUGUUUUGCAAGUACUCUGUGGCAUCAGUAAACACACACUUGCCUCAAAAGGCACAGUUACAGUCAUGGCUUAGUGAUCCAUGAUCCAAUCUCAGCAGUUAAUAAUGAUCCAUCAAACCACUGGUAUUCAUGUUUGUGUUUCUCAGCUGUAUGUACGACUACUUGGAGCUGCGUGAUGGCUCUACAUCCAAUGCCGACGUGAUCUCGCGCCUCUGCGGCAACACACGACCAUCUACCCAACAUUCGACAGGCUCCUCCAUGCUGCUCAGGUUUCGCACUGACACCAGCGUCACGCACAAAGGCUUCAAGGCAAAGUUCUCCAUCGGUGAGCACAAAAUCACAGCAGCUCUGCACAGUUAGAGGAUUGUUUUGGAUAUUUAUCUUAACACUGAUGGCUCUUCUUAAUUUUGCAACUUGAAUCCCUAACAGCAACAUGCGGAGGGACAUUCAUUGGUCAGGCCGGUACAAUUCGCAGCCCCGGCUUCCCAGACUCCAACUAUCCAGACAGCUCCAACUGUGAAUGGUACCUGGAGGGUCCCACAGGACACUAUCUCACCCUCAGCUUUGAGAGCUUCAACCUGCAGUCCACUUCAGGAUGCUCUGCCGACUACGUGGAGAUCAGAGAGUACAACGCUUCAGGUGAGAAAACUAGAAGAUCUUCAGCCACAUAAGAAGUUACGUUGAUUUGAUGAUCUUUAGAAAAAGUAGGAUCUGAGUGUGUGUGUUCCUGAAGACAGUGUGUUUCAUUCUUUGUGUGUAUUUGUGCACAUAGGGCAAAUGCUGGGCCGACAUUGUGGCAGUAACCUUCCAGCCUCCAUUGACACAUCUGACAGUUUCGCCUAUGUCAAGUUUGUCAGUGACUCAAGCGGGAAUGCAGCCGGCUUCAGUCUGUCUUUUGAAGCAAGUGUUGAAGGUGGGAUCAUCUAUUUUACUCUAUUUGCAGUUGGCUCACAGAGAACAUGUUCUCUUUUGAUUCUAGAUAAAGUAUAAUUUCUCAAAAUGAGUUUUUCUGUUUGUUUUUACUCUCACAGUCUGUGGAGGAGAGCUGAAUGCUCCCUCUGGAACAAUUUCCUCACCGAACUACCCCAACUUGUACCCACACAGCCGAGUGUGUCGCUGGGACGUGAUAGUGGUGCCAGGACGCAGAGUAACGCUCACCAUAAACGACCUGCGGUUGGAAGAGUCUGGUACUUCUUGUGCAUACGACUAUGUUGAAGUGAGUCUCAUUCUGCUAAUGUUUUUCAAUGUAUAUCAACUAACUUUUUCUAGUUAAGGAAACAAAGGAAAAACCUGCCUCUAUAAGACUUGAUCCUGAGAUUUUUGCUUCACAUCGUCUUUUUUAUUUCUUUUAUCUCCAGGUACGAAACGGGUUAGCCGAUGACGCCCCUCGCCUACAACGAUUCUGUGGUACCGUACCAGCUGGUACACAAGUGCGCUCCUCUGGCAACACCAUGACCAUCAUCUUUCGCACCGACGCCUCUGUGUCCAAUGGAGGCUUUAUGGCGACUUACUCCUCUGAUGAACCUGCAGGUUUGAUGUUUCAGACUAAAAUAAAACUAAAUGUACACUUACAUAGUGAAACAUUAAAAAAUGAAAACUGCAUGAUCAAUGAAACUAAUUGAUUAAUUGGAUUGAGAAACUUUGAUACUAAUAUUUUCACUGUUUUUUAUCAUAAAUUAGAUAUCCAUCAUCUCUUUUGCUGUUUUUUGUUUAUGUCUUGAAAAUCUAUUUAUGCUCAUAAAUAACUUUAUUUUUGUGCUUUUUAGAAUGUGGCGGUGAGCUGAGCAACUCAGCGGGAGGUAAUUUCACUUCCCCAGGGUACCUCGUGUCCAACUACAGCAACAACCUCAACUGCGAGUGGCUGAUUAGGAACCACCAUCACAUCAAUUCUUCUAUUGUGGUGCUGAUCGAAGAUUUGCACUUGGAGAACCACCAGACCUGCCAGUCAGACUACCUCCAGUUUCGCUUAGGUGAGUUCCACAUUGGCAAUAAGAGGAGACUAUUCAUGUGUUUGGAAAAAAUAAAUAUAUAAACUUAUUGUUAUUAGUGGUAUUGGUAAAGAUUACAGACAGAUGUCCAUAUUCUGGAGCAAUGAGAUCAUUCAUAACAAGCCCUACACAUCCCCCUAGUGGCAGCCCAAGGUACUUGACAGAGAGAACAAUGAGCUGGUGCAGCAGAGCAAUAGACCUUCAGCCAAUCAUGGCAGUGCAACUACAGCCAUGGCAGCCUCAGUAGUGGGGUCUUUCUCUCUGCAAAGGAAGCAUCUAGGCAUGCUUACUGAAGCUUGAUGGUUGCAGCUCUCCUUUGGCUGCAGAGCACACUGAUAAUCAAGUCACAGCACUUGUCUUCCAGAUGCAGCGUCAGCGGUCAGAUGGGUGUGACUUCUUCUGUAAAUGGAUUUUUGAUGUUGUGAAAGGGUGAGACAUCUUUUUUGCUCUUCCCUCAGGUGAUGCAAAUGGCGAAAUGCUUGCAAAAUUUUGCGGGCAGACUAUCCCCCCAGUCCCAAUCGUGGUUUUUACCCCAGAGCUCUGGGUUCAUUUCCAGACUGAUGCCUCUCAUGGAGACCUGGGUUUCAAAGCCAAAUACAUGUUCUCCGGUGAGAAAGACACUUUCCUCCUCAAAUCAGGUUUGCCAGAAUAUAAUAUGGGUGCUUUUCUGAACUCUAUUUGUUGGUUUAAUACAACUCUGCAGAGUGUGGAGGAUGGCAAACCGGUGAGGGAGGAGCAUUAUCCAGUCCAAAUUACCCCAACAUGUACCCAAGCCCCAGUCGCUGUGCUUGGCUGUUAGAGGCUCCAGCAGGUCACACAAUUACAGUGAGUAGCUGGACCAGUCUUCACUUUAGUGUUGAUGUUUGUCUGUACCUAAAUCUGUGACUAAGAAGAAGUGUGUUUAGAUAUUACUGUAGCUAGUUCACCUAAAAAUAGCCUGCUCUAGAAAAUGUCCUCUUCCACUUCCUUGUGUCUCUGCAGCUCACCUUCAGCUACUUCAACCUGGAGGCCCACUCCCAAUGUGGCUGGGACUCUGUCACUAUAUUCAAUGGAGGUUCCCCUGGCUCCCCUAUCAUUGGCCAGUACUGUGGGGCCACUUCCCCUGGAACUAUCAAGUCAGGAUCCAACAAGCUUGCUGUGGUCUUCUUGGCUGACCAUAGUGUGUCAAGGGGGGGCUUUAUGGCCACCUGGUCUGCAGAUUCCUCAGGUAGGUUCACCCUAAACCCCAUCUAUCUAUUUACAUGUUUGUAUGUAGUGUAGCUUUUAUGUUGCCAUGCUCGACCAAGGUGAGCUCUUGGUUUUCAUCACAAAUUUGUAGAUUUGCGUUGGUAAUUUAGUUUGGAUGACCUUUAAUUUACUCUCACAGUGCAGUAACUUAUUUUGUUUAUCUGACAGGCUGUGGAGGAGUGAUCCAUGCUGAUACAGGCACAAUCAAGUCUCCGAACUAUCCCGUAAACUUCCCAGCUAAUGUGGAGUGCUCCUGGCAGAUCAUUGCCCACGAGGGAAACCAUCUGGAGAUGAGCUACAACAGUGAUUUUCAGAUUCCUGACAGCAGUGGGAACUGCCAGAGCAGCUUUGUGAAGGUAAUGGCAUUAAGUGACAUUACAUUUACAGAUUAUUGCCUGUUAUCUGGACAACAACUGAAUUACUAUGUAUUCUCCUGUAGGUGUGGUCAGGUCAGACUGAAAAUGCUGAGGCUUUGCUGUCAACGGGCUGCGGCUCAGUAGCCCCGGCUCCAAUCGUUGCGCCGUAUAAUAUCAUUACAAGCCGAUUCCAGGCAACUGGAACCCCUGGCAGAGGGUUUUCAGCCUCUUUCACGACCAGUAAGAACCAAGAAAGCUUCAUAUUAAAGCUCUAAUACUUUGGCCUUGCUUUAGCUUUAUUUGAAUGUUACCCUCGACCUGUAUUUGCUCUAAUUUGGGAAGUCAUUUGAGAAGGAAUAUUACAUGAUAAGAAGUUAAGGUACUUUUGUAAUUAGAGGAUUAGUCAACAGUAUGACUUGUUUGCAUUUUCAGUAUAGGUGGAAAUAGCUCUUGUCCUCUUUUUAUCAGGAUGCGGCGCAAACUUCACAGCCCCAAGAGGUCGUGUCGUUUCUCCAAAUUAUCCAGCUGACUAUCCUGACCACUCCAACUGCAACUACACCAUCAACGUUGGAGAAAACACUGUGGUCAUACUCACUUUCCAGACUUUCCAGGUUGAAGGCAAGUGUUUGCUGUAAUUUUGAUCACAACAUUACCCCAUUUUUACCUUUUUUGUGUGAUAAAUAAAUAAAAGAUGGCCCUCUUGUCUAUUUUAGCACACUCCACUUGUCUGUACGAUGGCCUGAAGAUCUACAGUCUGGGCACUAGUGGAUCUCCUAUUGCCACUUUGUGUGGUGACAACGUCCCGGGUCCCUUUUCCUCAUUUGGGCCAAUGUUACUCAACUUUUACUCCGACUCUGUGGUCACCAGCGGCGGUUUCUUGGCAGAGUACAACGCUAUUCGUAAGUAUAUUUAAAAAAAGGAAAAAUAAUGCGCAUUUAAAGCCAUGAGAGUUGGUGAGUAAAUUAAGAUAAAAAUGAGAGUGUUUGAGGGUUUGGAUGCUACAUAAUUGGGAAACAGUUGAGAUGUUUUGCACCAAGGACAUAAUAUUUUUUGCUAUUUUAGUUUCUCUUUCUUGCUUUUUUGGAGUACAGUAAUUUAAAUUUAAGUUUUUCCCAUAUCUUCUUCCCAUAUCUAGUCUUCUGUAGCAGUCCAGCUAAAUUUUUGGUCAGUGUGAAAAUUCACUAUGAUCACUGUGUAUGUGUGUUUGCGUGUGUGCACAGCAUGCGGCGGUUUCUUCAACAGCACUAUGGGUUCAGUGAGCAGCCCGGCACUUUCCAUGGUUAACUAUCAUCACAACAUCAACUGUACCUACCACAUCAUGGUUCAAGCAAACAGGGUGGUGGAUCUCAAGUAAGACUGAAGCGACUAUAAGUGAAAUCUUUAGACUGGGAAAACAAAAAUUACAGAGCACGGACUGAUCUAUCUGUACUCAACACCUGGUCUUUGUAUCUUUAGGUUUAACACCUUUCACCUGGAAGCAUCCUCUUCCUGCCGUUAUGACUACGUCGCAGUGUACGAUGGACAGGACUCGCUCGCACCUUUGUUGGGAAAAUUCUGUGGUACAGUUCUCCCACCAGAUCUGCGCUCCACCUCCAACCACCUCUUCAUCAUCUUCAGGACAGAUGCCUCAGUGAGUGGCAUUGGUUGGAGGGCUGUUUAUGCUGAAACUCUGGGUAGGUGGAUGUUAUUUAACCUGUAAUCCAGUAACACAUACAUACUUUGAUCGAAGAGAAGGUUUCUAAGCUUUUGUGUUUCUUAAUAACCUGCAGGUCCAGCACAGGGAUGUGGCGGAUAUCUGUCCAUGCCAAUGGGCAUGUUCGGCUCUCCAGAUCCAAACCUGGAUGGGCGUUAUGAAACCAUGAUGGACUGCAUGUGGACCAUUGAGAUGCCGGUCAAUAAAGUCAUCAACCUGACCUUCAGUUCGUUUGAUCUUGAAAGCUCCUCUACAUGCCGCUACGACUACCUCAAAGUAAGUGACUCAAAGUGUUUCAACGAACUGUUUGAAAAUCUCUCUCAGAUAAUAAUCAGAGACUGUGUUAGCUAUGUCUUCUUGGUUUUGUCUUGUAUUAAAGUGGAUGGUAAUAAUAAAAUGACAAAAAUGGAUUUCUACUUGUCCCGUAAUAUCACUCUGUCUGUAUCAGGUGUAUGAUGGCGACAAUGUAAAUUUCCCUCUGGUUGGGACGUUCUGUGGAAACACCAUCCCUUCAUAUUUCGUAUCAACUGGAAACUUCCUGACCGUCCACUUUGUCACUGACAGCUCCGUCCAGAAAUCAGGCUUCAACGCAACCUACAGAUCUAUGCCAUGUACGACUCUUCUCUCUCUCUCUGCACUUUCCAAAGCUUUAUUUUUGUCUAAUAAGGAGAAAUGCAUCACACACUACUAUUAUCAGGCUUAUUGUGCUGUCAGUCAAACCGUUCUUGUCCAAAACAUGAUUCUGUCUGAUUUUUUUCAGUACUCUGUGGUGGGACUGUGAACGCCACAAACACUGUCCAGACCCUGACCUCACCCUACUUCCCCAACCCCUAUCCCGCCUACACCUCUUGCCGGUGGAUCUUUGACGCUCCUGCACAAGAAACCAUCAAAGUGUCAGUCCAAACCUUUGUCCUCCAGUCCAGCCAGAGUUGUUCGUCAAACUACCUGGAGAUGAAGGACUGGCCUGUGGUGAGUUCAAAUGACCUUUUUAAGGAUGAACGGUUUGAGGUUUGGAAACUGAUAUUCAUUCACGUGGUUCUUGUGCUGUAGGGAGAUUAUGGACAGUCACAUAAAACCUGUGCAGCAGAUGGUCGUCCGCAUGACUUCUACAGUUAUGGCAGAACAGUCCUCAUUCAUUUCAAAUCGGACGCCUUCAUGUCUGGGAAUGGGUUGAGUUUUACCUUUCAGAUUGCUGGUGAGUACUCGUAGACAAGAUUCAGAGCCAAAAUAGAGGUCCCAUCUGUUUGUCUGUUUGGUUUUUUUUUAAUUUCUUAUUUUAAUAAUUAACUUGGAGUUCAAAUAUCACUGAUGAAAGAUGAAUAACUGCAUGAAGAUUUAAGUUUUGAUAAAGCUAUUGGUGGUUUUCCAGGCUGUAGCAGAACCUACGAACAAGAAUACGGCUAUCUGAAGAGUCCUGGCUGGCCUGACAUCUACCCCCACAACAUGGACUGCAUAAUCAUCCUGAAGGCGCCGGAGAACAAUCACAUCUCAUUCUUCUUCAACAAUUUUGACAUGGAGAGCCACAGCAGCUGUGGUUUUGACUUCCUGGAGGUGAAACAUCCAGUAACACGGACAGUUUUUUAGACUCUGCUCACUUUUGUUCAAUGUUUGUUGGAGACAUCUUGCUUGAGUUUAUAGUUGUACUACAACACAUAAUGCUAGAUGGCAUUAGAAAACAGAGGCCAGAGAGCCAUCAACUCUUAAGGCUGUUGGCUAAAAUAACAGCCUGAUGUACAUUUUAGAUUUUCUUUCAUAAAAAUAAGGGAGCCAAAUCAGUAAAAAUGGCCUGCUUGGGACUCGUCUCAGCUCUCUGGUUGCUAAUUCUCUGUUCAGGUGAUAUAAAUACUCUGAUUCUUCCUUUGCUUUGACAGAUACGUAACGGUAGUACCGCAGACUCACCACUGAUCGAUCGAUACUGCGGAAACACCUUGCCAAACCCAGUCUUCCCCAAAUCAAAUGAACUCUACAUUCGCUUCAAGAGUGACUACUCCAAUGCUCGAGACGGCUUCGAGGCCACAUGGACGUCCUCCCCUCAGGGUCAGAACUGAACUGGUCACUAAAGUGAUUCUUGUAUGAACGGGGUUUGAUUCCAAUCAAUAACUAAGUUGCAAUCUUUACAUUUGUUCAUCAGGUUGUGGUGGGACUCUAUUUGGGGACCAUGGUUCAUUCGCAAGUCCCAACUACCCAGGCACCUAUCCCAACGGUACCCACUGUGAAUGGAGUAUCAGGGCACCUAGAGGUCGUGUGGUGACCGUCACCUUUGCUCAGAUCAGUAUUGAUGACCCUGGAGAUUGCCAGAACAACUUUUUGAAGCUGUAUGAUGGUCCAGACGCCUCCUCUGGGCUUGUUGGACCUUACUGUGGAGCGGUAUGUAGUCUAAUAAUGCGAUCCCAACUUCUUGUAUGAGAACCUUUAAAUUCAAUACAGAAAAAUACCUGCAAAUUAAGUUUAUAUGGAUCUUCUGUAUCUUCACCUCUUUAUGCUAUUGUUUUUUUUCUCCCUCAGGAGACCAACGUUGCUCCGUUCACAGCCUCCUCCCAUCACGUCUUUGUCGUUUUCCAAGCCCAGUAUGCUACCCUCCCCUCGGGAUUCAGACUCACUUGGAGCAGCUGAAUAAAUGUCCUUUCACGCACACACACACACUGAUGCACAGUUGCUGACUUGUUGGUAAACAAUCACUGUGCUGUUUUUUUUUUUUUUUUAUGAAAUCAACCUUAUGUAAAAAUAUAUGUGC